GCCAGAGCAAGCAGGAGUAUUUAAAACCAACACUGUAUUAGCGUAUGACGACAAUCUACAACUUGUAGCCUGGGGUUAUCCAGCCCUGGCCCAAGAACCUCCAAAGAAAAAAAAGGCGUUAGCUAAGCCGCAGCCUAAACCAGUAGAAUUAUUCAAAUUGCAUCUUGCUGGUAUAAAGGAAGAAGAUAAACCACCACUUCCUCCAGGCUUAGAUGCAAAGAGGGUCAUUACUGACUAUUUACAUGAGAUGAAUAAACUCAUUUUAGAAACAUUAAAUUCUCGAUGGCCAG